AUGAUAGGUCUGCUGAAGAAACAAGGCAUCAUUCACAAGGUGGCGACAGCUUACUAUCCCCAGACCAAUGGGCAAGCCGAGGUGUCAAAUAUGGAGAUCAAGCACAUAUUAGAGAAGAUCGUGAAGCCUCACAGGAAGGACUGGAGUGCUCGACUGGCAGAUGCGCUUUGGGCUUAUAGGACUGCAUACAAGACACCUAUCAGAAUGAGUCCAUUCUGCCUCAUCUACGCAAAGGCUUAUCACCUUCCAGUGGAGGUGGAACACAAGGCAUACUGGGCGGUGAAGGAAUGCAACUUCGGAUUGGGGGGAGCCGGCAUUGAAAGGAAGCUGCAACUACAGGAAUUAGAGUGCCUUUGA